GACUACACGCUGACGAUGUACUUCCAGCAGUACUGGAGGGAUAAGAGGCUGGCGUACCUGGGCAUCCCUCUGAACCUGACGCUGGACAACCGAGUGGCCGACCAGCUGUGGGUCCCCGACACCUACUUCCUCAACGACAAGAAGUCCUUCGUCCACGGAGUCACCGUCAAGAACCGGAUGAUCCGGCUGCACCCGGACGGCACCGUACUGUACGGCCUCCGAAUCACGACGACGGCCGCCUGCAUGAUGGAUCUGAGGCGAUACCCGCUGGACGAGCAGAACUGCACUCUGGAAAUUGAGAGUUAUGGUUACACUACAGAUGAUAUCGAGUUUUACUGGAAAGGAGGAGACAUCGCAGUGACCGGAGUGACUCGAAUCGAGCUCCCUCAGUUCUCCAUCGUCGACUACAAGCUGGUGUCCAGGAACGUCGUCUUCUCCACAGGUGCCUACCCUCGACUGUCUCUGAGCUUCAAGCUGAAGAGAAACAUCGGUUACUUCAUCCUGCAGACCUACAUGCCCUCCAUCCUCAUCACCAUCCUGUCCUGGGUGUCCUUCUGGAUAAAUUACGAUGCCUCGGCUGCCAGAGUUGCAUUAGGGAUCACCACUGUCCUGACCAUGACUACCAUCAACACCCAUCUGAGAGAGACUCUUCCCAAGAUCCCGUACGUGAAAGCCAUAGACAUGUACCUGAUGGGCUGCUUCGUGUUCGUCUUCCUCGCUCUGCUGGAAUAUGCCUUCGUGAACUACAUCUUCUUUGGAAGAGGCCCUCAGAUGCAGAAGAGGCUGGCGGAGAGGGCGCAGAAGGCCAACAAUGAUCGGGAGAAUUUAGACAGACCCAGGUCCCUUCUGGAAGGAGGCAAUUGCAAGUCUUCGUCUGUAAAACAGUCCAAUCAGGUUCACGGGCGGCGCCCCUCACGCAGGGUCGACUCCCAGGGGAACAUUUUACUGACAACCUUGGAGAUCCACAACGAGGUGGGAGGGAAUGAGAUCACCACCAGGGUGUGCGAGACCCACAAGUCUUCCUCCAUGGUGUUCGACAACUCUGGAGUCCAGAACAGGAAGCCGAGCGAACCGUGCUCCAGCCUGGAGAGGAACGUACAUUCGAGGAGAACGCGUCUGCAGAGAAGAACCUCUCAGCUCAAAAUCAAAAUCCCAGACCUGACGGAUGUGAACGCUAUCGACAGAAUGUCACGGAUAAUAUUCCCCUUCAGCUUCUCCCUCUUCAACGUCAUCUACUGGCUUUACUAUGUCAACUAAUGCACUGGUGUUUUGUUUUUUUAAACACACGUCUGUGUCAUUUCUUUAUGUGAAGAACAUAAUAUUACACUUUUUUUUAUCAUAGCGAGACUUUGAUGAAAGAGACAGAUUCACAGUCACAAGGAUUUAACUACAGAAGAUGUAUUUUACAAAGACUUUACUGAACUGUAUCUCUGCUCUAUGAAGAGCUGGGACAUUGUAUGUCUUUGCGGUAUUAUUUAUGAGAGAGAAUGUACUGCUUAUACUUACUGCUUUAGGUUAUGGGUCGCUGUAAUUCAAUGUUUUGCUAAUGGAUAAGACAGCUGACGAAGACUCUAAUCAUUAUGCUACUCUUAUUACAGUCGCCUGUCAAUCUGCACAAGGACAAAUAUUAUCAUGUAAGCAUAGACUCUGAGUUAUGGAAUGAUUUGCAACGAAACUAGAUUGAACGUUCAACAUUUUGGGAAAUUUUGAGAGAAUGGUAGCAAUUUUCUUGAUCUGCCUCCACCUAUUAUCCCCCCCUACAAAAAUACCUCAUCAUGUUAAAUUACAGAAAAGGAGGUCUAAUGCCAGCAGUCAAUUAGCUGAGUUUAGCCUAGCAUAAAAAGUGAAGGCAAGGGAAAACAUUUUAGCGUAUUCCCUAAAAUGUUGAAGUCUUACUUUAAUUCGUUUUGGAGUCAUUGACUGUUUUCAGGUUCUUUUGUAGUGGAUACCGGCACUGCUGAGUCUUUGCUCCAGUCGGGGUUAAACACUGAGUUCAGUUGUCCAACAGUAACUUUGAUUUCAAAGCGGAUGAAAUCCAUACCAGCAUUUUAUAAACGUCUCCUCCUUGUUGAGGUGUUGUUCUGUCAUCCACAGCCAAUAUCGAAGGGAUUAUUUUUGACAUUUUUGGAAAUAUUCUUCACUGCGUUCUUACGAUGAAUUUCAAAGUCAGUUAGCUUUUUUCUUAGCUUAGCAUAAAGGUUGGAAACAAGGGGAAAGAUAUAGCCAGUUUAUGGCCUAAUAAAACAUUUAAAGCUAACUUUCAACCUUUUUAAUCCCAUUUGGUAAACUCAUAUAUAAACACAAAUGUAAAACGUGCAAUAGCUAUUUCUUGGCCGAACAAAGAGAUUUCCAGUACAUGUCCUUUUUAGCACUUCUACGAUUUGGGAAUUGGCACAGAGCCAGGCUAGCUGUUUCCCUCUGUUUACAGUGUUUAUGCUAAACUAAGCAAAUCUGCUGCUGGUUGUAGCCAUAGAUCAGGGUUGCCAACUCUCACGCAUCUGACGUGUGACACACGCUUUCACUCUCAAUCUCACGCUCUCACGCUGCCCAAACUAUUCUCACGCCAAAACAAGAAUACCGAAGACUAGAAACGGUUUUGAAAACUUUUGUCACGUAGUGAUCGUCUUCUUAAUAGAACAUCUUUGAUCAUGUCUUCUGGUCAAUCAGAAUCACGAUAACGGCGUGGUGUUGUUGCAG